AUGCCCACCCGCUGCACAGCUGGCAGCGAUUGCGUUGUGCCUGCCGACGAGCAUUGGAUCCUGGACUGGUCCCCUCCUGAACUGGCCUCCUUGACCAUCCGGGGCAAACUGGAAUGGGACAGAGGCAUGGAUGCUUUACAGCUGACCGCCGGCUGCGUGCUCGUGGAGGGCAAUGGUACCUUAGAGGUCGGCACGGAGGCCCGGCCGAUGAGCAAGCUCGCCACAAUCAACCUCACGGAUGCGCAGGCUGCGCCACAUGCAAUGCUCGGAAGCCGCUAUCUUGCCGGAAAGGACCAGGCGGGGAUUCGGAUGCACGGCCGUCCACUCGGCACUUGGACACUGCUGGCACGGGACAUCGCCGAGGGCGAGUCUGAAUUGAAACUCCGUGAGGAUCCUCACACACUCUCCUGGCGGAUUGGCGACGUGAUCGGAAUCGCGACAACGAGCCGAGGCCAAACGCAACCCUACACCAUCACAGGCAUCGGCCCCAAGGGGAGCAACACAGUGACCAUCCAGCCCCCCGCGGCCACGGAGUACUGGGGAGGCUUCCGGCGGCUGCACUCCUCCGGCCGGGCCUCUGCCGGGGACUUCAACAGAAGCUUCGAGCUUGCCGCUGAAGUGGUGAACUUGCAGCGAACUGUGGUCAUCACGGGGCCGCCGAACUGGGAUUCUUCCGACUGGAAGGGGCUACACACCAAAAUCACUGGCCGGGGUUUCAUGGACGCCCGGUACGUCCGCGUGGAGAACUGCGGGCAGCCCCCUCACCAGGGGAGAUAUUGUCUUCACUUCCACUUGAUGCACCGCUGCCCACGCUGCGUGUUUCACGGCAACGCGGUGGUCAACUCCACGCAGGUUGGCAUCACAGUCCACGGCACCCACCAAGCCCGGGUAUCAAACAACGUCAUGUGGAACACGAUGUCUGCCGGCGUUUACAUCGAGGAUGGGAACGAGAUGAACAACACUUUCGAGGAGAAUGUCGUGAUAUGCAUGCACGAGGUGCCGCAGGUCAACCCCUUGCCAUGCAACAAGGGCGACACUGGAAUUUGCCCCGAAGCUCGCCGCGGCUGCACCUACGACAUGUUCAACCAGGGCGGGCGCUUGGGCGGCUUUUUUGUCAUCGGGAUGACGAACGCUUUCAUCAGAAACCGCGUGGUGAACAUGGAGAACUGCUUUUGGUUCAAAGGCUCGGCGGAUCCAAUGGGUCGCGGCCAUGCAGCAGGCAAGGUAUGCCCCAUGCAUUUGCCCUUCGGCCGCAUCCGCGGGAACGUUUGCCACGACAACCGACGUUUUGGCAUGUACCUCGACUUUCAGCAGCCCCGCAUGCUGCCAAGGGAUGAGAACGGCUUUGUGGCAGACAUUCACGAUCCGAGCUGCAACUGCUUCAAUGAGGUGACCCCACAGGGGGAAGACAGCGGCAUCGUUCCGGCCAACGUUGUUGAAGACGAGCUAGACUGGCACAACGAGUUUGUGGGCCAAUACACCUUGUCCGACGUCCGCUACUUGCGCUAUGUCGGAAUAAACAACAUGCACUGCAUGUACUGGAAAUCAUCGAAGAAGUUUGCGGACAAAAGCUUGCACCAUGUCGUGGACUCCAUGUGCAUCAACGUGCCUGGUGCCUCAGCUCUGGUAUCGUAA